GCCUUGCGCGGUUGUUAGACAGUUUCGUAAAGUGACACGAAAGAAAUCGGUACGCAGUGAAAUUAAAGUGUUUUUGUUGAUAAUAAUGCAGCAGAAGGAAACGAAAAUUUCUCCGGAAGCCGAGAGUCAUUUCGACGAAUACGAGCAUUACAAUUUCGCGUUCGACAAGCAUAUUUACAGCAGCCACGGCGGAAAGCAGCGCACGAAGAAGGAAGCCGCGCUGAACACCAACCAUUUCGAUCCGAGCGGACAUUCUAGAAAAAUCCUAACGAAGCUGAUGAACACGGAGCAGAACAAGAAGACGAAGGUGUGAUCCGUGGGAGUGCAAAGCCGGCCCGAUAAUUCGUCUCUACUGUGAUUACUCGAAAACGGACUGAUUAUGUUCAAAAGAGCGAUUUUACCUCGAACUUUCAAGGCCAACUGUCAUCGAUUCGCGAGGUCUCCGUAUUUUUUUUUUAAUACUUGAUUGAGGUCGCUAACGCAUAAAUGAGAAAUACGUUAUUAAUAAUAAAUUAUUUCCAGCGUUUAAGUGCUUUUUGUAUGGUUGAUUAGUGAUGCUACGCGCAUUGUGUUUCAAACACUGUGUGAUAAUA